CACGUUGAGCGUGAUCGGCCGCACCCACGCGCCUGAGCUGCUGAGCUGCGUUCAACAUCACAAACGUCUCUAACGACACUAAAUGUCGGGUGAAGCGUUUUAAAGCCAGUGACGUCAGCGGAAGUCCAGUUAAGCGUUUUUAGUCUCCUCGGUAGUUGAGUCGUCAAACCGAUGCAAACAUUUCACUCAACACAAGACUGAUUUCCAACUGAGAAAACCGGGUCGGAGACCUUGUGUUGGGGAGGAUGGCAUCCCGCGGGAAAUCAGAAACAGGGAAACUGAGGCAAAACAUGGAGGAGCAGCUGGACAGACUGAUGCAGCAGCUCCAGGAUCUGGAGGAAUGCAGAGAAGAGCUGGACGAGGAAGAGUAUGAGGAGACGAAGAGGGAAACCUUGGAACAGCUGAAUGAAUUCAAUGACUCCCUUAAGAAGAUCCUGACAGGAGACAUGACACUGGUGGACGAACUGGGUGGGAUGCAGCUGGCAAUCCAGGCUGCCAUCAGCCAAGCAUUCAAAACUCCAGAGGUGAUCCGGCUGUUUGCUAAGAAGCAGCCAGGACAGCUGAGAACCAGACUAGCAGAGAUGGACCGAGAUGUCAUCGUGGGCAAACUGUCGCGGGACAUGUACAUGCAGCAGAAAAUGGAAAUCCUCACAGCCCUGAGAAAACUAGGAGAGAAGCUCACUGCCGAGGAUGAAACUUUCCUCACUGAGAACGCGACCGCAACCCUGAGCCAGUUUGAAAAAGUGACUGCAAAUCUCGGCUCCGAAGACAAAAUCCUGGCUUUAGCCAGCUCUGGGGUGAAACCCAAAGUGUAGUAAUUCAGCAAUAUAUUUUAUUAACUCAGCCUUUGUUAUUACCAGGAAACGAAUGUGCCAAUUGAUGGUUGAUUUUGUAAACAAUCUGAACUUCUAGGUGUUGCAGUGGAUGCUAACACUUUUUUAACAAUAUGCUUUUAUACCCCCCCCCCCCCAACACACACACAAACACAUACUUUUGUAAAUGUCUUUUAGUUCUGCAGAUAAAUGUAAAGUUCUAUUAUAGGUAUGAGCAUGUGAUUUGUUUAAGAUGAAGAUGUUGCACAUGAAUGUAAAGGAGAGUGGAAACGUUUCAGGAGAAAUAUUCUGUGGUGAAUUGUGCUGCAUUUCUUGUAAGCUGCUGUUUAUGUGUGAAAAGAAUGAUGUGGAUUUCCUGUGUGUGAAUGCUGCUUGUAUUAGAGAUGUUAUUUUAUCUCGACUGUAGCUGUGUAUAAGGCUUUGAAGAAAAAAGACGUGCAUAUAAAACAAGUGUGUAGAAACUCAA